AUGCCUGCAAAAAAGAAAAAAACAAAACAGAGUGCAGAGGAGGAAACCAAAGAUGUGGAUGACGAGGACUCGGAGGAUCAAGAACCAAAGCCCAAGAAGAAGAGUAAGCAGGUGAGUGAGUCAGAGGAUGCCGGUAGAGUAAGGAAGAAGAAGAAGAAGAAGCUUAAAGAUAGUGAUGAAGAGGGGUACAAUUCGGACACAUCGGGGCCUGAUGUGAGGAGCACCAAGACCAAAGGGAAGGAUAAAGAAAAGGUCAAAAAGAGGAAGAAAGCCCAAGAGGAGAGCGGAGAUGAGUUGAGCAACAACUCACAGAACUCAGAUAAUGAGGAUAACAGCGAUGACUCCUGGAGUAAAAAGAAAGGACCAAAACUCCCUGAUGUGAUUGAGACCACAAAGAAAGGAUCAAAGAAGUCUUCAGUCAAAGACAAGAUGGGGUCAAAAGAUAAGAAGUCCAAAGAUGACAAAAAAUCCAAGAAGGAUUCAGAGAAAGGGGAAGAACAGACCGCUGGAGACGAAGAGGAAGGGAAGAAGAAAAAGAAAGAAAAGAAAAAGAAAGGUUCAGAGAAGGGAGAUAGUGAUGAAGACAACAAGAAGACAAAAGGAAAGAAGAAGAAGAUUGAAAAUUAUGUCGAAAUCUAUGAGAAUGAGCUUCGCAACUAUGAGCCAGAAAUGGUGGAAAACUACGAGGAUGAGUAUCACAAAAAGAAAGGUAAGCGUAAACUUAUUACAUUAACCUUUGAGAUGUGUUCAAGAAGAAAUGACAAGGUUGAGGUAGUCUGCACAGAGAGGAUGCAAAUGUUGAUUAAAUGUGUUGGGCUUUUGUUUGAAGAAAGACAUCUGAUACCUUGAGACAUGAGUGCCUGAUUAAAAUUAUGUAAUUCUGAUUAUGUAGAUUGAUCAUGUGGUCUCUGUUCAUGGAAACAUAAUGCCUGCUGAAUAGUAUCCAAGUACCAUCUGUAUGUUAUCUCAGCCUACAGCUAUAUGAUACCUGCCAAUCACUUACAGUAUGUUUGCACAGGGUAACUUUACAUCCUACAUAGAGUCUCUGUAACCUCUAAACGUCUAAAUAUAAAAAGUCUGAUUAUUUGUCUGAUUCCACAUACAAAACUGCAGAGACCAGUCUGACCAAACUAAACACUUUUACAACAGUGUGGUUAAAAUAAUCAGGAGGUUUUCUUCUAAACCAUGUCUACUGUCAGCAUGAAAGAACCUUAAAAUACAGAGCUGCAAAAAGGUCUGUAUCUCCGAGUGAGUCUUGUCCUUCAUUUCACCAUUGCUAAUGUCAAAAUUUGAGAAUAUACUGUAUGUACUCUCUUCCCAGAUGUGCCACAUAGUGUGCCGUAAAGGCAGAAAACAAGGAUUUGAGGACUGUUCUCUUAAAUUAAUUUGUAAGAAAUAGCAGGGUUUAAGAAUGAAAUUGAGUAAAAAAUUUUUUUUUUAUUAUGAAAGAGUCAAAAACUUCUAAAUCCCAUUAGAAAUUUCCUUUCAGCCCUUUCUUACUCGACUCUUACUUUGAACUGAAUGAUACACGUUGAUGUGAAAACACUAUCAGUGAUUCCCAGUUGUACUCAAGAUGAAAACUUUGAUAAUAAGGAUAUAAGUACUACAGUGCACUCAUAAUAAGAUAUAAACAAGGCACUUAAAUUAAUGUUUCCAUUUAACCCCACAGUGUAUGAAGUGGUGACCAUCACUGGUGAUGAGAGAGGAGCAGGAACUGACGCCAAUGUGUUUGUUACUCUGUUUGGAGACUAUGGUAUCACCCCCAAAGUUCACCUGGCCAGCAAGUAAAUCCUCUGCAGAUUAUUGUUAUUCCAACAUGCAGUUAUGUCUUGUGCUUGAGCUAAAACUGUAUCUUUUUUUUUUCCUUGACAGCACGGAAAAAAGGUAUUUAUCCCAGAAUGCACUGGUUUGGGUUGUGAAUGACAAUGGGUGCUCCAACAUCAACCUGUGUGCAGUAAUUUUUGUGUUAAAUCAGCAUGUGUAUGCUGUUGGAAUAUUUUAUAUAACUGAGAUUUCUUGACAUCUUUGUGUUUCAACUUUCUGCAUUUGUUUUGAGUUGAAGAAUUUGAUAUGCUGAAAGUGUGAUGAAAUUCAGGCUGUCUGACAAAUAUUAUCAAUUUCUUUUCUCAGGAGUCGCACUGCUUUUGAAAGAGCUAAAACUGACGUGUUCAGAAUCAGGACUCACAAUGUUGGACCUUUAAAAAAGAUAAGGUGAGUUUUCUUCAGUAUUUUCUUCUCUUUGUUAAAAACUGUUUUUUGUUAGUAAAGCAAAGAUUCUGUAAAUGUUGUUAAACCCGGACUUGAUUAAAAAAGAAAUAUCUCCUUUUGAGAAAUGUAAAGGAUUUUUUACUCAAAAAGUUGCUUCUGUUGCUUCAGGAUUGAGCAUGACAACACUGGCAUGAGCGCCAGCUGGUUCCUGGACAGAGUGGUGGUGACAGAUGUGAUCAGACCUCACCUCAGGUUCUACUUUGCUUGUAACAACUGGCUGAGCAAGGUGGAGGCAGAUUGUCUUUUUGUCAGAGACCUGCUGGGUAGCAUGGAUCCUAUGGACAUGCCCAAAUGUAUGUAUGAGCACACAUGAUUUAUUAUCAUUUCUUCUAUAGUUAGUUAGUGAGUAGUUUUAGUAUCAGGGAUCAAUCAAAUCAGCUCAAUCAGGGCUCGGCAGGCAUAAAAAAAUAUUUUAAUUAUACAGUGUUAGCUGAAGCUGUUCAAAGUGUUUGUGCUGUUUUAACUUGUUAAUCCAAACCUCGGGUUUUAUAUUUCCAGAUAAUAAGUAUGCAGUGAGUGUUUUUACUGCGGAUAUAAAAGGCAGCGGGACAGAUGCUGAUGUCUUCAUUAAUAUCUUUGGAGAGUUUGGAGACACAGGUAAAAUGUUGCACAAGAAGUAACACUCUUGCGUCUCACUUUACAAGUUUCUUCUGAUUACAUGAGGAACUAAAGUGAAACUAAAAGAAAACUAUUUGUUUUAAUUAUUUCCUUCUUGUCAAGUUGUGAUUUGAUUGAUUAAUUUUGAAAAUGGUUUGCUGUUGAAGGUGAGAGACGACUUGACAAUGAUAAAAAUAACUUUGAAAAAGGCACAGAAGAUAAGUUCACCGUUGAGGCACCAAACUUGGGCAAAAUAAGGAAGAUCACAAUCGGCCACAAUAACAAAGGCUCCUCUGCGGGAUGGUUUGUGGACAAGGUAAGAAACAGUAAACACAGCUGCUGUUUACAGGAGUUUUUAAAGUGCUGAUAACAAAGACCCUCUUAUCAGUCAGGACGUAUUACAGAAGAGGAAGAUGUGUUACUUUCAUUUGUUACAUCACGUGUAACCUACAUGUUGUACAGUACCUUAUCUUGAAACAAAACUCGGUCUUAAAGUCUUACUUUAGCUCAUCCUAUUCUGCUCGGCCUCUGCAGAGGUACUUAAGACAUAUGAUCCUCUUGUUUCCUCUCAGUUGUCUCAUCUGAGACCGCUGUCCCCACUCUUCCAAUACACACAGUGUGUGAGGCUAAGAGAUGACUUCAUUCAAACAGACGCAUGCAUGCACAAGCUCACACGUACACACUCAGGGCACACCUGUCGUCAUUCUACCCUCUCUGUAAAGAGAAACCAUGACCCAUUAAGAGAUUGCCUUACAUCAGAAAAGGGACAGGUUGUUAGAUUUGCUGAGGACAUUAGCACAGACUGAUACCAAAGUUCAUCAAAUGAGAAUUGCAUUUGUGCUUAAACUGGGACUAAUAAUAACGAUGAAUAUGUUUAAAUACAUUUGAGAGUAUAAAGAGCCAAUUGGCAAAAUUAUUCAACUGUCAUUGCUGCUUAAGGAUUCAUUAGGCUGGUUUAUUUAGAAGCUGUAAAUGUACUAAGAUACAUUUAAUUUCAGUGCACAACUUAGUCUCUAUCCUCAAAAAUAAAGAUACGAAUAAUAUAUUAUAUAUAUAUAUAUAUUUUUUUUUUAUUAUAUAUAUAUAUAUAUAAUAUUAUUUGCCUUUUAACAUGGAAAUCUAACUUUAAAAAUUAAAUGGCAUACAUUUAAAAAACAUCAAUAUAAAAGCACUUUUUUUUUUUUUACAGUUUUUAGUUUGAUCAACAUCAACUACCUUUGUAACCUACUCUAGCUAAACAUUUUAAUCUCUUAAUUUAUAUUUCUGUUUGGAUUUCUCUCUUUUGUGCAGGUCGUGGUAGAUGAUAUGGGAAACAAAACAGUGUAUGACUUUCCCAUCAAUCGCUGGUUUGCUUUGGAUGAAGACGAUGGAAAGAUCCAGAGAGACGUGUUGGUGGGGGGAAGCCAGCCCACAGGUGAGCCAGAAAUGUUUCAUUAUGCUAGUAAGAAUACUUCAUUCAAUUUCUACGAAGGGAAAUGUCAUAUCAGGGACAAUGAAAUCAGUCUCUUGUUUGGCUGCAUUCUCCAAAUGAUUGCCUUCAUGUGGGGAUAAUUAUGCUUAACUGUCUUAAAAGUGCAAAGUGAAUCUUCGUAGGAUUGCAUUUCUUUCACUCAGGAGUAUCAGAUAUCUUGUGUCACGCUGUGUUAUUCAGUCCAAAUGUAAGGUGUGUUUUCUGACCCGUUUCAUUAGUCCUUAGGUCAGACUAUCAAUGUUUAGAUCUCAAAGCUUUGGCUCCUGCUCAGCUUGUUAGGGGGAGUAUGUGUGCUGUGAUCUGCGCUGACCUGAUGGCAGAUCUCUUGAUAGUCUGACAUGUAACUGUACCCACCAGGUAUUGUGUACAACGUACAGAUUGUGACAGGCAACAUCAGAGGUGCUGGGACCAACUCCAAGAUCCACAUAGUGAUGCACGGCACCAAAGGAAUGAAAAACAGUGGCAAGGUAAUAAAAGUAUGAAACAACCGAUACUUCAUUAAAAAAAAUAAAACAUAAAAAUGCAAAAUACAGCUGAAGUGGUGGGUCAGUAUUUGGGUGAGAUAAGUGAGAGUGAAGACCUGAAACUUGAAAUAAAAGUGGAUUGGUUAGAUGGAGCAUCCUUCCUGUAGCAGAUCAGAUGUUUUUGUUUUUCUUUAGCUGCAUUUCAGUUACUAAAACAGAGUUCCUUUGGAUAUUUUUGUGAAACACUAUCCAACCUUUACUUAUUUGCAAAACAGUGUGGGCUGUUUGUUUGUUGUUUUCUUUUUUUUUUUCCUGUAAAUGAGUCUCAGUGUCUGCUUUUUAAAACUGUGUUGGUUUUUUACCAGUAACCACCUGCUGCAGUUUUUGUUUCUGCAGCAAGAAAAAAAUUGACAAAUGAAAAAAAAAAAACAAAUACAAACUUUCCACUUCCAUUUUCCAGUCCGUUAAUGAGCUAACAAAUUCACACCAAUGAGAUUUAAUCCCCGGAUGUCUGUAUUUAAGCUCAUGAUUUAUGAUCUUAAAUUUUGCCUCGAUGUGUUUGAUCCAGGUGUUUUUAGAGGGAGGACAGUUUGAGCGAAGCCUGACCGACAUCUUUAAUGUUGAGAUCGCUGCGCUCCUCAGUCCACUCAGCAGAGUCACCAUCGGGCACGACAACGAUGGAGUCAGCGCUGGGUGGUUCUGUGAGAAGGUAAAUUGAACACGCAUGAACACACUCAUGCAAACCCUGCUGUCUGAUUGUUUACUGUGAACUGGGAAUCCAUGUUCCCGCAGGUGGUGGUGUACUGUCCAUUCACAGGCAUAGAGCAGACCUUCCCGUGUAGUAAAUGGCUGGAUGAGAAAGAGGGAGAUGGGCUCAUCGAGAGAGAGCUCUAUGAGAUGGUCUCACUCAGGCAGAAGAGACAGAAGAGUAAGUACAAUGUGUAAAAUUAUGGAUUUUAGCAGCAGUAAAAGCUGUCAUUUUCCUUCAAUUUCCUGAAACACAGUGCACAAACAUUCAGAAGUCCAUUUAAAACUCCAAUGUUUGUUUCAGACAUUUGCAUAAUGACUCAGCAGGCCGUCUACCUUCAUUCUGCUCCAUUUUUCAGUGUGGUGUUUGUUCUUUUGCUUUUGAAAUGCAGUCCAGUCACUUUUAAAAGAAAAAUAAAAAACAAAUGCAAAUGUGUGCAACAGCUUAUUCUUUUGUGUCCAUAUAGGUAAAAGUAAGUAAAGUGUCUCACUUUGUGUCAAUAAACAAUCAUACAGGUUCAGUUAGGUGCUUUCUGUUGUGAUCAUCUUGGCUUUAACUACCUUUAAUGUUAAGGGAGUAUGACUAAUCAAGGUGAUCUAACUAUGCCCAUCUCCUAAAAGUGCUAUAAAAUAUUACACAUUAAUCCAUUUUUUUUUGCUUAAAUCUUUUAAUCAACUUCUUUCCUUAUUAAUUCAUUUUCAGAAUUUUAAUAAUCAAAUCAAAUGGGGCAGGUAAAAAUAAGCUGUGACAGAUCUUAGUAGUAGUAGUAGUUUAUUUGUCCCAUAGGGAAAUUUAAUUGCAGCAGAUCACACAUCUUCUUAAUUAAAGUGGAUUACAUGAUUUGUUUUUUCCUCAGAGCACCCCUGGUCCUUGUGGAUCUGGACGUCAGACCUGCCCAGUGCAGGAACUGACGCAGAUAUCUCCUUCCAGGUUUAUGGACAAAAGGGUAAGAGCGAUGAGAUGCGACUGGACAACAAGACGGACAAUUUUGAACAGGGACAGGUGGACCGGUUUAUGGUAAGUAUCUAGUAUUUUAAAACCAAAAACAAUAACCACAACAGCCGGAGUGUGUCUGUUUAAUCUUGAUGGGCCUUUACAGGUUGAGCUUCCUGAUUUGGGGACGUUGACCAAGAUUCGAUUAUGGCACGAAAAGAGGAAUCCUUUUGCAGGAUGGCAUCUCAGUAAGGUGAAGUCAUUCAUAAUCUCACAUUAGAACAAUGGUAAAAUAAUUUACAUACAUAUAUGCACAUUUGUAGACAUGCUAUUCCUUUUUUUCUAUUUAUUUAUAUCAAGUUUAAAUAUUUAUUCAAACUUUAUGGUGGAUGUGGAUUUUAAUAGAGAUUUAUGAACCUUACAAAUGAAGAUAAUUGUAAUUCUGUUUGUUUUCUUCCUAAAUAGGCGACUCUGAUGAAGACAUUGACAAAGGAAAAGUAUAACUUCCCCUGUGAGCGCUGGCUGGAUACAAAUGAAGAUGAUCAGGAGGUCGUGAGGGAGUUACCUGCCACAGGAGACCAGGUCGCUGAACCGCUGCCAUGUACGUACAGAAACCCGUGUUCAACAUCUCUCAGUGUAUUUGACCAAAUAAAGUGGCAAAUGUAACUUGUGAGUGACAGCUGUUUCUACUCUGCAGUGAUGAAAUACAGAGUGACAGUUUGCACAGGGACUGUCGGUGGCAGCGGCACAGAUGCAUCCGUUUUUCUGAGUCUUAUUGGGGACCAGGGAGACACCGGAGAUCGUCAGCUGGUCAACUGCAAAAACAACGUGAACAAGUUUGAGAAAGGAAAUGUGGGUAGAUUCAUUCAGAGCAGGAUAGUCAAAUAUUGCACAUAUUGUUAUAUCGUUGACUGCAAAUACAGGAAAAGACACUUUUAUUAACUUUGUACCUGUCUGUCUAGAUGGACGAGUUUAUAGUGGAGGCAGUUGCCAUCGGGCAAGUCCGCAGGGUGAGGAUCGGACAUGAUGGCAAAGGUGGAGGCUGUGGCUGGUUUCUUGACAAAGUCAUCGUAAGAGAGGAGGGACAGGCUGAGGCCCAAGCUGUGGAGUUCCCCUGCAACAGGUACAUUAGCGAUAAUGACAGUCACUGUAGAGAGGAGUGGUGUGGAUGAACCAGCUGAGGAUUUGUUUAUUGAACCUGUAGGUGGCUGGACCGCAACGAGGAUGACGGACAGAUUGUCCGAGAGUUGGUGCCAUUUGCAGAUGGACAGCGUCUUUACAGUAAGUUAAAGAGAUUUCCUGAGCUCUAUCCAAACAGUUGAAUUACAUCUCCCUCUGAUGUUUAUGUUUGUGUCUCUGUAUGUGUCAGAUGUCUGCUAUCACAUCGCAGUGAAAACAGGGGACAUCCCCGGCGGCAGUUCAGACUCCAACGUGUUUGUCAAGCUUUACGGAGAGAAAGGCAACACCAGCAAGAUGUUGUUGGUGGUAUCUGACAACAACCUGGGGAACUACUUUGAGACGGGUCGUGUUGACAUCUUUGUGGUGGACACCUUUGAUAUCGGCCAGGUGACUGAGUGGAAGCAGAUGUUCGGGGUCUAAAUGAGAGUGUAUUCGCUUGCCUCUUGUCAGUGUGUGUUAAAACGUUGUUAAUUAUCUGUGUCAAACUGUGUUUUGUAAUUAUUUUCUUACAAAUCCAGAUCAACCGUCUGAUGAUUGGACACACGAAUGAAGGCAUGCGUGCCGGCUGGUUCUUGGACAGUGUUCAGAUCUUGGUCCCGGUGCAUGGGAAGCAAUACAUGUUCCCCAGUCACCGGUGGCUGGAUGAGGAUGAAGCUGAUGGCAAGACUGAGGUGGAGAUCUACCCAAGUGAGAUCCUGGAUAUGGAACAAUGUAGGCAGACACACACACACACAUACAAGAAAUCCAUACUGCCAUUUUGACAUUUUUACGUUAGUCUUGGUUUAUAAGACUAAUCCUGUACUUUCCUGGUCUUAUGGACUAAAACUUAAAGAGUACAUUUAAGAAACCUUUUCUUAUGACCAUACUUCCUCUGAUUUGUGCCUUCUACCAACUUUUUGGAUAGAUUCGUUAUUGUUUUAUGCCCAUGUAUGUGUUUCUACUAUGCCUAUCUUCUUAAGACCUUCCAUGCAAACAUGCACUUAUUUUGUAUGUCAUGCAUGUAAAAUGACUGACCGUAAAUCAUGCAUUUCAGCCUUUAUCAAUCCAUAUUUUUCAGUGAUUAACUAUGAGAUCACAGUUGUGACUGGAGAUGUGACAUUUGCUGGCACCAAUGCCAAAGUGUUCAUCCAGAUCUACGGGGACCAGGGAAAGACAGAGGUCAUCAGGCUCGAAAGCAGAUCCAACAACUUUGAGAGGAACACCACAGAAAUAUUCAAGGUAUGAAAACUUCAUCUCUAUGCUUUGUGUGGAAAGUGUUGCCACAUGUUAGGAGUAAAACCUCACCUGUUCUCCAGGUGGGGGCCAAAGAUGUUGGAAAAGUCUUCAAGAUCCGCAUCGGUCACGACGGUUCAGGGAUCGGAUCUGGUUGGUUCCUGGACACAGUAGAUGUCAAACGUCUAAUCAUGGCCAUGGUGCCCAAGGAGAAAAAAAAGGAGGAUAAGAAAAAGAAGAAGAAAAAGAAGAAGGAUGAGGAAGAGGAGGAUGAGGAAGGAGGAGAAGAGAUGCAGGAGGUGGUGCUGACUUACCAUUUCCCCUGCUCACGCUGGCUGGCUAAGGGAGAGGAGGAUGGUGAGCUGGUGGUCGAGCUGCUUCCUGAAGAUGCAGACGAGCUAGAAGGUAUGAAACAAAAAUAACACUGUGAUCAUUUCAGAUCAUUUCAGGGGGAGGUGUUGAACGUCUGAGUGUAAAGCUCACAUCUGAAUUAUGUUGAACAUCAUGAUUCAAAUUUGCUUGGUGGUCGAGCAGCUGUAGAACUGGCGAAGGACCACGAAACAGUGUAACCUGUUUCUUCAUGUGCAGAGCUGAAUGGAAAUGGCACAGAAACUACUGAGGUUAUUUUUGAAUCACGAAGUAGUAGCAAGAUAAUUCCCAACCCCAAAAUAGAUUUGAUACCACCCACAAGUGCAGUGGAGCUGUGUCGUAUUCUCGGGUGAUUUCGGGAGAGUUUUAUAAUCAUAUACAGCAAAAUCCUUUGGUGCAUGACACCGCACCUCAAGUGAAGCUGCAGAAACAAGUCUAAAGAGUAAAAAAGAGAAAUUAAACAUGUUUAAUCCUUAAGACCUCAAGCUUAACAAAUCUAUGCAAGGUUAUCUUAUAAGUACUUAUACAUGUUUUCUUGUGUAGUAAACAAAAAGAAACGUAUCUUAAAGUAGAUGUAUUAGGCUGGCAUACUUUUGACCCACAAUCCUCAGUGCAGUGAAACAUACCACACAACUAUGUUAGUGAGAAGAUGAAUGGCUUGGAUGAAUGAGAAGUUUAAGUUUAAAAAGCAGCGUUGUCUAGACGUCAUUCUUUCCUGGUUGUAUUCAUAUCAAAUAUAGAUUUUUCUUCGUAAAGUUCAGGAGAAUUUGCAAUUUGAAGCGCAGCAAAUGUUUUGUCAUGACCACCACUAAUGUCAAUUACUAAACCAGAACAGCAGCACUUCAGUGUUUAACCCAGAGAGGCAACAGAUGCCUUGGUCAGCAUGAAUACAAUAAAUGUUUCUUUCUUCUUCUUCUUUAAAAUGUGUAGAAAAUUGCAUUUUCUAGUACCGCACUUUUGCCUUAAAAUGUCACAAAAAAAGGAAAUCAAGGUGUACAUGAACUAUAGCUGUGGUUAAUGUGCUCAAAGGUAAUGUAAGGUAAAGGUUCAGUGAGACACCUUUUGCCUGAAAGAACUCCCGGUGUCAGUUCCACCGUUAAUGGAUUUUCUGGGAUUUAAAACCACAGAUGUGUGUUAAAAGAGAUUAUAUACAGUGAAUUAUUUCAAUAGAAUCGGUCAUUUGUUCCAUUUCACUUUUUUUCAGUAUUUCUCCCUUCAGGUGUAAAACUCAGAGAUUUAUGGUCCGAUUUGACACAGUUUUCUGACCGACAUUCGGGAUGGGUUAAAGAGGUGUUAGUAAUUCAUCCUUUGUGUUGUCUGACAGUCAACACCUACGAAGUGUGUGUCUUCACCGGGGACAUGCUGGGUGCUGGGACCGACUCCAAAGUCUUCAUUAAUAUUUAUGGUGAAAACGGAGACACCGGGGAGCGCUAUCUGAGGAACUCUGACAACAUCAACAAAUUUGAGCGGGGGCAGGUAUGAAGGUUUGAACAAGAAUGUCAUCACUACUUUUUGACAUCCGCUAAUGAUCCGAGGGGGGAGGCUGAGUAUUAGGUCAUUAUUGUAGCAUGUGAAGUAGAUAAUGUUGUGAAAAAUGCUCUUUUACCAGCCAAAAAAGGAAAGCAUUGUAUUCACAGUGAACUUGGCUGUGUUUUAUGAUGAUUAUUUGAGUGUCUAAAUGUGUAAACCAAGGCUAGAUGUUCUUUUGAGUCUGUGUGAAAAAUACAAAAAAUCUCUCCUGUUUAAUUUUAGCCUGUUUCUUGGAGGGCGUCCCGCUGAAAAUUAACCAGCAGUUAGCGAGAGACUCAAGCACACUUCCACGCAAUAUGAGCCUUUCAUUGAGGUGUGGGUGGGAGUGUUUUCUGGUAGGAUUACAAGCUCUCAUGCAGAUAAACCAGCUGUGACUGAGAGGGACUAUAAGGAGUCCUCUCUGUCAUUAAACCUCGCCUACUUUUACUCAUUACUUUAUCUAACCUGUGAAUUAUUGAUCUCCACAUUACCAGCGACCAUUCAUGUCCUUAGAUGGAUAUAGAUAGAUGAGGUCUCUUUCUUCUCACUAUUCAGAGGACACAAUAGCCCACUGUCAAGUCAUUGAUAGGAUUUCUUUCUUUCUUAUCUUGUCAGUCUGAUGUGUUUUCAAUACUUUGUCUAGUCUUGUCUUGUCUGAAAGUUAAUCUGUGAAACUAACAUGUUACUCCCUAUCUUUCCCGAUCUUUUUAAACCAUGUCACACAAUUUUCUGUUACAAGUUUGCCUUGUUUUCAUUAAGGCUAAUGAUAGGCAUACUUGGCUGGUUAUAAAACUGAUUAAAAUUCAUGUUUAUGACCUAAAAAAGAAAAAAAUAUGAGCAAGAAGACAAACCAUUUUUAUAGAGUUAUUGUGAUGGCUAAAAGCAGUAGUAGGGGUCAGUAUCAUACCAGAGGGUUUACUGUCUGCUGGUAACAGUCUCUUGUCAAAUAUUCCACAACAAUGACUUGCAGCGAGUGAUACAUUUGACUGACAAAAGACAGCAUGCUGGGUGUUUUUGUCAAGAGACACUGAUAAUACAUGUACAACACACCUCGAAAACUCAUCAUGGGAGCUUUAAAAAGCUGGAAAGUUAGUGGAAGGUUCUGUCAGACAUGGACUCAAGAUAUAUUAUGAUAUUUAAUAAUAUAUAAUGUAAUGUAAGGUAACACUUAACUGGACACCUAUCUCUAUAACGCAUUAUAAAUAUAUGUUUAAUGGGUUAUAAUCACGUUAUAGUGCUGUAUAACUAUAGUUAUAAAAACUCAUAAAUGAUCAUAAUGCUUUAUAGCAAUAAUCAUAACACAUUAUAAACCAUUUUAUCAUGACUUACAAGGUCAGGUAUUAUAUUUGUGUUAUAACUGUUAACAACUCACUGACAAUGCCCACAUAGAUAAUUCAUUACACAUAUAUUUAUGACGUGUUAUAAUUACCUUAUAAACUUGUAUAACUAUAGUUAUAAACACUCAUAAAAGAUCAUAAUGCUUUAUAGCAAUAAUCAUAACACAUUAUAAACCAUUUUAUCACGACUUACAAGGUCAGGUAUUAUAGUGUGUCAUGCUUAUUGCUAUAAAGCCUUGUGAAAAUUAAUAAUACCUAUAAUACAUGACCUUGUUAUUCAUAAUAAAAUGCUUUAUAAUGUGUCAUGAUUAUUGCUAUAAAUCAUUAUGAUCAUUUAUGUGUGUUUAUAACUAUAGUUAUACAGUGCUAUAAUGUGAUUAUAGCGCAUUAUACAUAUAUUUAUAAUGCGUUGUAGAGAUAGGCGUCAAGUAGAGUGCUACCUAAUGGAAGAUGAUAAUACAAACUGUGGUGGAUAGGAUAGACAAAUAAAAUAACAAGCUUGGAUAUUAAAACACUCCAUAGCAUAAAAAGGUAGCUACAGUGACCUCCACCUUGACCAGCUUUUUAUUAAUUGAUUAAUUCUUUACCUUCUCAUUUAUGCUCCGAAAACUUUUACCCAGUUCUUGAGUAUAACAGUGUAAAAGAGCCAGUUAUGUAUUAUUGAAUUAAUAAUUAGUCGAUCAUUUUCAUGUUUCAACCAAAGUUACAGUUAAAAAGCGAAGGGGUUAUCUAAUUUUACUUGUGUUAGGGUAUGAUUAGACAGUAAUGUUGUUGCAUUUGGCGACUGCUGCAUCUUUCUUAUCCAACGUGUCCCCUAAAAUUUUCGAAAGAGCUUCUGUUCUUAUCAGUGUCUUUGACUAAAAAGGAUCUCCUGCUGGUGUAUUUUAUAUAGGAGGAUGUUUUCAUCGUGACAGCUGUUGACCUGGGUCCUUUAAAGAAGCUUCGAAUCCGACAUGACAACUCUGAGCCCAACUCAGCUUGGUACCUUGAUCGUGUUGAGAUUGUGGACACAAAGGAUGAUACAACGUAGGUAAAACCAACAUUAAGUUUGUAUGGAUUUCAUUCAAUUAUGCAGUUAUCAGAAAAAAAAUGUCUCACCAUUCUGCAUGAUUAACAAACUUUUACUUUCAUGUCAUGCUUAAACUGAUGAAGAUGACUGUACUGUGACCAGAAGUGCUUCUUUGCUCUACAGAUACUUUUUCCCAUGUAACCGCUGGCUAGCAGUAGAUGAAGAUGAUGGACAGAUAGCAAGGGAGCUGGUUCCUGUGGACGAGGCCUUCAUGAAGAAGGACGAGGACGAGGAGGGGACGGGCGCAACUCUGGGCCUUGAGCAGAAAUGUAACCGUUUCAAAAGCUGGAUCAUUUCUGAACUGUUUUUAUUAUAGAGAAGAUAAAAGAGAGCCUUGUUCAAGUAUUUAUAUAUGUGCUGCUCAAACAUUCAAAGUAUGGAGAUGAAAAGGAUUCCGGUACUGACGUGAAAUUUAUCUCCUAGCCAUGUCUACUACAUACACCCUGAAAAUAAAAACCGGAGAAAAGAAGUACGCAGGGACUGACGCCAACGUCUUUGCCAUUCUGUUUGGAGAAAAUGACGACACAGGUGAGAUAACUCCUGGCAUCGCUUCAUCCGGCUCUAUGUUUGAUAUUUUUGGCUUCAUUAAGCGCACUGUAUUUAAUAUUUUGAUGUCACCCACAGGAAUCGUCAACCUAAAGGCUUGUAAGCACUACAAGAAUAAGUUUGAAAAGGGGAUGAUCAAUGAGUUCACUGUGGAGGCGGUGGAUUUGGGCGAUCUGCAAAAGCUUCGAAUUGGACACGACAACUCGGGUUAGGAAAGAAAGGAUUCACUGACUAGAAAUAAGGAGUCAUUAUUAGCUGUAUAAAACCACAUAGCUGAACCCUCUCCUUCUCUCAGGGGGCUCAUCUGGCUGGUUCUUGGACUGGGUCGAGGUUGACGCCCCCUCACAGGGUCAGAGAAUGCGUUUCCCAUGUGGCCGCUGGUUGGAUAAAGGAGAGGAUGAUGGAGCAGUUGUGAGGGACCUUUAUCCAGCUGAUUUACAGACUGAAUACUAUACGCCAUGUGAGUGAACAGUCCUUACAAGUACUCAAACCCAUUAGUGAGAGAAGCAAUGUGCUUAUUGAGAACUCUUCCUAUAAAUAUGCAAAGUUUUACUCACAUCGAAGUGUGGGUGCGUUAGCACUUAAGUAUGUUUAAAGCACUCUGAAUAAAGAAGGGUUCUUUGUCAAAGCCCGUACUUUGAUUUAAUCUGUAACAAGAGUUUUAACGUCCCUGCUGGCCUGUUUUUACACUUCACUACUAAAAAACACAACUCACUUUCUUGGCUUACACAUGAAACUGUCCAAGUCAUAGGGAUGCAGCUUCAGAUACUUUUGCCUCCAUGCUGGCUGGGUUUAUUUUCACUUUUAUCAAAGAUAAAACUGUGAGGAAACUUACUUUUUUAUAUGAUUAUCUCACAUUUCAAAUCUACUUCUUAUUACAGCGAAACAAAUUUAGACCUCUGUAUGCAGUACCACAGCGUAAGAGAGCUCCUAAAUACUUAAAAUUGUACGUUUAUCUAUUUCUUUAUUUGAUGUAAGAUAGGGUUAAAUUUCGUACAUAAGCCAUUAUCUGGAGACAGCUUUUUUGACAGUAAAAUAAAUAGAGAAUCAAAAGAGUAAAGAUGUAUUAAGUCGGCAGCUUAACUUUUUCAACAUUUGCUUACUACUACCUCUAUUAGAUCUUCUCCAAAAAAACACCAAAACAACAAAAAUAGCGCAGAGAAAGUUGAGACAUUUCUGUUGUUGUUCAGUAGAAGCUGCUUUGGCAGUUGAGGGCUGCAGUAUUUGCUUCUGCUAAUGCUGCAGGAAUUUUCAUAGUUCUUUAAAGUUUUGCUUGCACAUGAUGUAAUCAUAGACAUAAAAACUUUAUUGCUGUUGGAGUGGGCCAAAGUUGUUAAGACUGAAUCCAAGACAACAGGGAUUCAUUUAGUCUGAAAACAGUACUUCAGUGCUAGGAUUAACUCCAGUUCAGGACCUGUCACCUCAGCCUAAGUUGAGGUGUAUGUAACAUUAUAUGAAAACUCAUAUUUUACUUCAAUCAAAGCUCUCACCCUCUUCUCUGAUGUUUUAGUUGUGCCGUACGAGAUAAAGAUCUUCACCAGUGACGUGUUCGGCGCUGGGACAGAUGCUGAUGUGUUCAUAGUUUUGUACGGACGUAAUGCACAGUGCACGCAGCAGAAACACCUGUGCGUCAACAAGAGAGAGAGACGUCUGUACUUUGAGAGGGGAGCUGAGGACAUGUUUAUCGUGGAGGUGAGUGUGGGUAUUUUGAUCACACAACCUCAAAGAUAGUGUUUGCAUCUCUGUCAACACUUCGGGGUCUUUUCGCAGCUCGAGGAUAUCGGUGAUGUAAUCGAGAAAAUCAGGAUAGGACACGACAACAGGGGCUCUAAUCCAGGGUGGCACCUCGACAGAGUGGAGAUCAGACGGCAGCUCAGGAAAGGAAAGGUAUCAAAACACUGUUUUAGAAUAUAUGUAGAAAAGUGAGUGUCUGAGUGUGUUCCCUCAUUAAAAUGAUAGCAAAUAAUGAUACUCCUCUUAAACACCAUGCAUUAGAGUCAGACAUACUCUCCUCUGUAGUCAGGCAGACAUACCAUGGCCCAGUUCUUGAAUCCUUUUGUGUUUAAUGGCAGGGUUCAGAGACGACCAUUUUCCCAUGUGAGUGCUGGCUCGCCAAAUCUGAAGAUGAUGGGGAGACGAUAAGAGAGCUGGUCCCCUCGGAUAUCAUUACAGAGAAACUCCUCAGGGAUGGGAAGCUGAAAACUACUGAGACAGAGGUGGAGGACGCCUUGGAAAGUAGGUUUCCUUGUACAAAAUAAGUUAAAAAAUAUGAAUACACUGAUAUAAAUCGAGGUCAUGUAUGUAAAGAAUUUGGGAUUAGGUCAAGAUAUUUGUGUUUUUAUAUGAAGGAUGAGCACUCAGCCAUAGCCUGAGAUAGAGGGGACAGUUGGGCAUUGAAAGAAAAUAUAUCACUGCGGUUAUAUUCGCUCCAAUGGUGCAUUUUAUUAUGAUUGAGUUGAUCUUACCACAUCUCUAUAGUCUGCUGUUCAGAGACACGCUGGGCGCUUUUAUCCUGCUGCGCUAAAUUCAAACCAUAUAUCUGAAGGCAAAAUGAAGAGGAGAAAGUUCAUUAUGGAGUCAAUUUAAGACACAUGUGACCUGAAUUUCACUCUUUGAAAAUUUCACUUUGAUAAAACACUAUCCCAGGGUACACGAUAAACAUUUUAGCGUUUAUUUUUUUCUGUCUGCUACAGCUCACACAUACAAGGUGUCAGUGCGAACAGGUGAUAUGUACGGAGCAGGAACAGAUGCCAACGUUUUUCUCACCAUCUACGGAGACCUCGGCGACACAGGAGAGCGCAAACUCGCCAAAUCUGAGAACAACAAGAACAAGUUUGAGAGAGGAGAGGUACGUAAAGAAAGCUCAUGUCUUGGCACAUCAGUGAGGGACUCAACAGGUUUCUGAAUGUGUGACAUUUUGAUUGUCUCCCAGGUGGACAAGUUCACGAUUGAAGCGGUGGAUCUGGGCCAAGUAUUUAAGAUUCGUAUUCACCACGAUAACUCCAUGGUAGGGGCCGAUUGGUACCUGGAUCAGGUGGAGGUGCUGGAUGUGGAAACAGAGGAGGUGUACAUGUUCCUGUGUGAGCGCUGGUUAUCAACCAAGAGGGAGGACAAGCGCAUAGACAGGACUUUCUUUGUGAAGGUUUGAACUGAUCGGUUAUAGCUAUCGUGCAAUAAUGUUUGUUUUGAUUUCCUGUUAGCAGCUGCUGCAGAAAGAUGAGCUGUGAGAGAGCAAAGAAGUCCAAUUAUUGUCUUUUUUUCAGGGGUACGAAGGCGAGAGAAACACUGAUCCAUACUCCAAGAUGAUUGCUCAGGCCAAGCUGGGGUUGGACAAAAAUGCCAACAAGAAGAAAAAGAAGAAAAAGGUGGUGGUUGUGGAGGAGGGUCCAAGUAAGACCACUGAACUGAUUAUAUUAUGUUUCUCAAUGAGUGUUUUUGAUGUGAUGAGAGCAAAGUACUUAAAAACUUACAUAAAGACGCCUUUUUCAAUCAUUAUCUUGAGAAGAGGAACCUACACCAGCAAGAAAAAUCACUGUGUGAAAUGUGAAGACACCUACCUGCUUUCAGAAUUCAUUUCAAGUGGUAGUCCCAUCAGUUGCAGCAUUUUGCAGAGCUAAAAGAGACAGUGAUAAAAAGAAGUAUUUCUACAAAUUUAGGAAACUUAAAUCAUUUUCCCUGUAAGAGUUAUGUUAAUAGGAUUAAUACUGUUAUAUGUAAAUUCCAGGAUAGUUUAUUGUACCUAAUAUCCAAUAAAACUGAAGCCGACUGCUACUCACAGGAUCACAAAAACACCUACAAACAUCUUAAAUCUCCAUAAUUAACACAUUAUAUAUUAUUUAGCUGGAUCUAAAGAAAAACGUGUUAAAACAACUUGUGGUUUUGCAAUAGAUGGUGUCCAUUAUAUAACCGAGACUGUUUUCCUGUCUAUGUUCAUUAACUUGUGUCUGACAGUUGUGUCUGAAACUAGUUAUAAUGUGUUAAUAAGUUCAGGUUUUGGAGAUGCAGUUAGAGUCUUUGUACUCAGACUGACUGAGGGUACCUGUCUUUCUUUGUUCCCAGCUUCUAAUGCUAAGACAAGCAAUCCAGCAUCAACACACUUAGUAAACACCCAAGUUUAAACUCAACACUCUUACAGUGCCCAGCAUAAGUCAGGACACCCCCUAUUAAAAGUAAUGUAUUACUCAAUAUCUAGAUGAGCAAAAGUACAAUUUCCAAAGUUUUGACAAAGCUGAGUUUGAUAUAACAUUUUAUUUACCAUAAGAUGAAAAUAAGGGUGAUGUGGUAACUAAAAUUUAGCUUUGCUCUCAGAACUUUGAUUGGGGUGUACUCAUUUCUACAUCCUGAUUUUAAAGUGAAAAUAAUACUUUUUUGUAUGCAACUUUAAACAUCUUGUUGCAAUCAAUGGCCUACAUUUGGGGGAGUAUUUUGCUGUAUAGUCUAACAUAGGAAAUGUUGAUCAGCACUGUAUAUCACAAUACGUCUAACCUAUCCUGAAACCUCAAAAUGACUCCUCUCUUCUCCCACCCAGUCAUCCCCUAUCACUUUACCGUAUCUACGGGGGUAGACCGGGAUGCCGGUACCACAGCCCGGGUCUUUGUCAUUAUCAUCGGCCCCGGCGACAUGGAGACGGACCGGCUGUGGCUGGACAUGCCACAGGGAAAGGAAGCCUUCACAGCUGGCAUCAUGGAGCACUUUGUGUGCUAUGGAACUGACGUAGGAGAGAUCAAGAGGGUGGAAGUGAGAAUCUGGGACUGUCUCUGUUGCUAAAUCUGUGAAACUGUCUCCUCUCUGCUGCUUCCUCAGAUGCACUGUUGUUAAAAAUUAAAAUAAAACCAUUCUAGCUCAGCAAUAAUUUAUUCCAGCUCUGCCGUCUUGUACCUAGAUCAAACAAAAUCAAACGAUAUAUAAAUUCCCUGCUCAGUCUUCCCCCUCACUCCGUCUUCUCCUCUCUCCGUCUCCUCCUCAGCUCGGCCAUAACGGUGUCACACCAGAGAGUUGCUGGUUGGUGGAUGAGCUGUCGGUUGCCGUGCCAACCAAAGGUAUCAAGUACAUCUUUCCAUGUAAGUGCUGGCUGGCUAAAGACAGGGGAGAUGGUCUGACUGCCAGACUGUUCAACGUGCUGGACUCCAGCACCAUCAACAUUAUCCGCAAAGUGAGUCACAGCAGCUGAAUCAUGAAGACAUUAAUGUUAAAUGAGUGAAUGUUUAACAGAAUUUGUCUCGUCCGUGUCUGUGUUGUCUGCUGUCUAUUCCAGGUCAUUUAUUCUGUAACAGUUGUCACAGGUGAUACUCAGUAUGCAGGCACUGAUACCAACAUUUUCCUCACUGUGUUCGGAGCCAAUGGGAGCACAGAGGAAAUGCUGCUGCCAAAAAACGAGGACAGGUCAGUCCUCUGGUUACCCUUGAUUGUACUGAUCACGUUUGUUUAGAGGAAAUGUGAGAAUACACUCGUUCUCUUUCUUCUAAGACCUGAAACUGCUAUAGUUCAUGAUUUAAUUCAAGAUCAUGUAAAGAAAUGCUCUGAGCUUAGACAACUCUCACCUAAAUUUGAUCCCUUUGCUUAUCUGAGCAAUAUAUUGAGUGCCCAACCCCUGACCUUAAUGCAUUAGUUCAGUUUUAUUGCUGUCUUAGAGUCACUUUUAGCUGUUGUAGACAUCUGUUUUCACUAAGGCAGCUCUAUAAAAACUCACUCUUCAAUACUAGUGUUACACCAAACAAGAACUCUGUGGAGAGCAUGUUAGAGCAUUACGCUGCUGAAAAACCACACACUGUAGGUUUUUCAAGAGCUGGUAGAUCACAAAUCUUGAGCUUCGAGAAGGGGAAUAUGUCAUAGUGAUUUAUUACUGUAGCUAAAAGUGAGUAUACAGGCAUGAUAGAAAUAACAGUUUCCACAGGCGUAACAUGAUUAAAGAAAAUAUGUAUUUUCUCUUUUUCCAUAGAUUUGAAAGGGGGCAAGAGGACACCUUCAGUCUGGAAAUAGAUGACAUCGCUCCUCUGAAGAAGAUCAGAGUUCGGAUUGAUGGCACCGGAAGUCGCCCUGACUGGUUUCUGGACAAUGUAAUGUGAAGAUCAGCUUGUAAAAAAAUAAUCAGUUACUUUUUUUUGUUAUUAAUUUUCCAUACAUAGAGUACAUUAUAUAACAGACAAAUAAUAAUAAUAAUAAUAAUAAAUGAAAAGGCAAAACUAACAAACACCCCCAGCCCCCCUUUUUCUUCCCCUGGGACCAAUCAUAUUACAUUAUAAAUUUUUGUAUUAUCUUUGCGUUGUGCCACUAUUUACACAAAUUCAAUACAUAUGUACAUAUAUAUGUAUAUAUUCCAUAUACAAAUACAUAUCAAUACAACCAAGCCAAAGAACAGCACGUUAUAGUCACUUUCUUUUUGUAACAACGUCAAAGUUUAAGAUUUCAGUUUAAAAUGCUAAAACGCUAAGGCUGUUUGUUUUGAGUGUGUAGCCAUAGUUAUUGUUUUAGUCAUUUGUUUAACAGGGUUAAAUAGCAUCUGUGUGGCUUGUUAAGGAGACAGACAGAUGACUGUCUCUUAACAAAGAUAACUGUAUAUGAAGAAAAGUUUACAAGAGCCUUCCUGUCACGUCAAACUAAAAUAACAGUUGAAACAAUCCUGCACAGAGAUUUCUAAAAACAGCACAAAGUAAGAGUUAACCUUUACUCAUUUCGAUUAUAAUGGUCCUUUCUGGUCAGAAGUUUUUCAUUGAUAAUGAAAUCCACCAGGAAUACAUGUGCAUUUGAAAUCUGAAUAUCUGAACAUCACCUGUGAUCAGCUUAAUAAACAUCUUUGCAAAUUCUCCAGAUCCUGAUGCGGAACCUGACCACGGAGGAGGUGUAUCUGUUUACUUAUGAAAACUGGCUUUCCAAAACAAAAGGACCAAAGAGGACGAAGGUGUGUGAGCUGGCAGCUGUGGUGGAUGAGGAGGACAUGGUGGAGAAUACAACCUACAUCAUCCAGGUCCAGACCAGUGAUGUUGGCGGUGAGUCAUAUCGCAUUUGUGAUGACUUUCCAUGAUUAAUAGUGUCUUUGAGACAUUUUGAAGCAAAUCCAAAGCUCCUCUUUCAUGAGUAAACUCCUCAUUUUUCAGGUGCUGGCACUGAUGCCAAUGUCUUUCUAAUUGUGUUUGGAGAGUUUGGGGACACGGGGACGCUGCCUCUGAAGGAGAGUACCAACAGGAACAAGUUUGAGCGUAAAAUGAGAGACACAUUCAGAUUCCCUGACAUGCUCAGUCUGGGGGAGCUGUCCAAGGUUCGAGUAUGGCAUGAUAACAAAGGUGAGGAGGAGAGGGGCAAUAGGUGUAUAAAAACAGCAACCAGCACUGAUAAUCUCAGAAACAGAGGAAUCAGCAAUGAUGUUGAUGUGUGACAGUAAUUGUGAAGAUUAGUUUAGAUUUUUUCGAGUUUUAGGUUUCUAUGUACACAAUUCAAUGGAUUCAGUUAUCAAAAAGUUUUAAGAGAAUAAAAAAAAUACAAAGAAAAUUAACAAGCUAUUCUUUUAACUACCCACUGAGCAAUAGACAGCUAUUAGACAUCUAGGUUUGUUUUAGACCUAAUUUCUACCGUCUAGAUUCUGUAUAUUUUUAGACAGAAUUAGAAGUUGCGCUUUAACCCAGUAUUCAAUAACUAUUUAUUUCAAAAAGCAGCUGUGAGUUGCAUAACUGAUCUCCAAGUACUUAACCAAAAUGAUUAUGAUAGCUGUCGAGCAAUAUACAGUGUAGCAUAGAUAUAGCCCAGAUUUAGAUUUAGUCUAAACUUGGUCAAAAUUUUUACGUCUAACCAAACGUUAAUUUUUAGACCUGUGGUAGCCUGAUUUUAGACCAGUCAUCUAGACUACAUUUAGACGUCUAUCAGAACUCUUUUAGACCAAAACAUGCUCAGUGGGUAAGCUGAUCCUAGCUAGCUUUGCAUACUUUUAUCAAGAAAAACCCAACAAUAUAUUAUGUUAAGUUUGGGUUUAAAGCGCCAGUGAGUAGUUUUUGGUAGCAGUACGAAAGAGACUGAAUAAACAGUGAUGCGACUUAAUGAUGCACAAAAGACGAUAAUUUAUGAUGUCUAUAUUGUUAUUUUAAAUUCCCCAAACUUCUGUAAAGAUCUAGGUGCGCUGGAGAAACAGCUUUAGUCAAAUUAACCACAGCAGAAUAUUCAUGCUGACUCAUAAAUUUCACUGUGAAAAGACAAUAAGAGGGGAUUUUCUUGUCAGUUCACACCACUUUAUGCAAAAUCAUCAAUAAGAUAGUUACCACUUCAUCCAGAGGGGGGCACUGAGGUCAGCACAGACAGAAAGCUCCACAUAAGAGCUUUAAUCAUAAAUAACCUGUUAUCCUUUGAGAUUAAAAUCACAUUGAUGUCCAGAGAUUUUGGCAAAAGGUUGUAUAUUAUUGCUUUAAAAAAAUACAAAAUGAUCAAUUUUGUUUGUCUUGCUAAAACAGGCCCUGCCCCUGGUUGGCACCUGGAGUACAUUGAUGUGAAAGACGAGGCCAUGGAUCAGACAUUCAGGUUCCCCUGCGACCGCUGGUUGGCUAAAAGUGAAGACGACAGGCAGAUUAUGAGGGAGCUGGCCUGUGCCAACAACGAUUCAAUAGACCUCAGUGACAAAACCAGUCAGUGAAACUUGAAGUCUGAACGCAUAAUUAAAGCCUGUAAUCAUUGCCAGUGAAAGAUAAUUAUAAUCAUUUGCAAGGUGCGAAAUAAUAACAGGGCAACAUCUGUCUCUCUGCAUCACCACAGAAUAUGAAAUUGCCAUAACAACAGCAAACACAGAGGAAGCUUCCACCACAGAGAACGCUUGGAUUGCUCUGGAGGGACGAAAAGCUCGAUCCAAAGAGUUUGUUCUGGAGAAUAAGAAGAAGAAGUUCUUAAGGUGAGUCCUCAAAGGGAGUCUAGGUGUUCACAAUAAAACCUUAUUAUAUGGCCUUACAUAAUCUCCCCUCUUUCACAUUUUGUUUUUCUUCUUUUAUCUCAUUGCUUCACUUUAUGUUCUCUGAGUCUCUCUCAGGAGAGCUAAUCCCACGAGAUGCACAAAGAAAAAAAACCUCUCCGGCAGACCAGUCAAUCCUACUCUUUAGUGUUCAGAACCGCCGUUUCUGCCAGUGCUCGUAAAUUUAUUUUUAUUUUUUUCGACCCUUCCACAGCGGUGCCACAGACACGUUUGAGUUCUCUUCGAAACAUGUGGGGGAAAUUGCCGGCAUCUGCGUCGGUCAUGUGACCAAAGAUGGAAAGAAGGUGAAGAGUGAAGCUUUCUGGCACGUCAUGGAGGUGGUGGUGACAGAAAUGGAGCUGGGGAACAAGUGAGUGGAACCUCAAACAUCCUACGUUGUGUUUGAUAAAAUGUCACGCUGAUGGUGUUGAUGCGAAUCCAAACUUUUCCUUCAUGUUUAGGUAUUUCUUCCACUGCGAUGCACAAAUUCCCCUGGCAGCCAAAAAAGAUCAGUUCCUGACAUUUGAGUGCUAUAAGUCAGUCGAGAGCUUCGCCAGCAAAGUCCGCAACCUCGUCCCCGUCAAGUAUGAAAUCAUCGUCAUUACUGGGGAUGUGAAAGGGGGUGGCACAGACGCCAACGUUUUCAUCACCAUCUACGGCGUCAACGGUGACUCAGGCAAGCGUCAUCUGCAUCAAAAGUUCCGUAACCUUUUCGAGCGAGGGCGAACGGACCGGUUUGUUGUGGAGAUGCUGGACCUCGGGGAGCUGCUGAGGGUCAAAGUGGAGCAUGACAACGGUGGCUCCAGUGGUGGGUGGUUUUUAGAGUGUGUGGAGGUGACCAAUACAGCCAACUCAGUGACAACCAUCUUUCAGUGCGGGAAGUGGCUGGACACUUGUAGGGCCGACAGGCAGAUUCAGAGAGUGCUCUACCCUAGAUAUUAG